UGUGCAAUUCAGCAGCACGUACCCCAUUAAUUUCAUUUCUCCUCCCCCAAAUGAAAAAGGAGGAAAGGAAUUUUCAACCCUCGUGAGUUGAAAAUUCGCACAUCCCCUUUCACAUUCUCAUUCGGUGCGGGCGGGAAUGAUCCAACAGGACAAGGAAUAAACCCUUCCAGGGGGAAAACCAAUCAUGCAUACCAUGCCUCCUUAAGCCACCCUCUCUUUCAACACCAUAAUAAUAAUAAUAAUACAUAAAAAGGCUUGUCCUUAGAGAACAGGAGAUCCUAAACUAAUGCAAGAGGUACGAGGUUAAUUAAGGUUUGUUUGUUUGUUUGUUUGUUUGUUUUUUAUAAAUAAAAAAAAUGGAGAGAUCAGAGAAGAAGUGGAAGAAGGAGGAAGUGAAAGAGAAGAAGAAGAACAGAAAGGUGGAUCUAACGAUGAUGUUGGGAACCUUGAAGGGGUGCGAGGAGGAGGUGGUGAUGGCGUCGCCCAGGGACGUGUUUGGGGUGGCCAUUUCCGGGACGGAUUCGGACAGCACGGGGAGCUGCGCCUACAGCGGGCCUCUGUCGCCGGGAAUGGGCCAGAGGCAGUGGAGGGCCAUGAUCGACGUGCUGAGGUUCAAGUCCGUUAGAAGAUUCUCGAGCAUUCCGCUGCUUGCGGCCAGCUACGAGAUCUCUCGGAGGAGCCUCAGGAACAAGUUGGCGCGUAUUCGACCCGCCAAUGAAGACGACGACGACGACGAUUUCGAUUGCGCCAUUGUUAUUGAUGACAUUCCCACCAAGCCUUCUUGGAGGAACUUCAGUUACUCUGACCUUGCUGCUGCAACCCAAGAUUUCAAUCCUGAGAACAUGAUUGGAAAGGGUGGUCAUGCUGAAGUCUACAAAGGACGCUUACCAGAUGGUCAAGUUGUAGCAGUAAAGAGGAUAAUGAGGAACGACAAGGAAGUUGAGGACAGAGCUGGGGAUUUUUUGUCAGAGCUUGGAAUCAUUGCUCACAUUAACCACCCUAAUGCAACACACAUGAUUGGGUUUGGGAUUGACCGUGGCCUAUUCUUUGUUCUUGAAUUCGCCCCACAUGGAAGCCUUGCCUCUUUGCUCUUUGGUAGUUCUGAAUGUUUAGAGUGGAAGAUAAGGUUUAAAGUAGCUGUUGGGGUAGCAAAAGGAUUGAAGUACCUCCACCACGAUUGCCCGAGAAGAAUCAUUCACAGGGACAUCAAAGCUUCAAACAUACUACUCAACAACAAUGAUGAAGCUGAGAUUUCAGAUUUUGGAUUGGCAAAGUGGCUCCCAGAUAAGUGGGCUCACCAUGUUGUGUACCCAAUAGAAGGCACAUUCGGGUAUUUAGCUCCGGAGUACUUUAUGCAUGGAAUUGUGGAUGAGAAGACUGAUGUUUUUGCAUUUGGGGUUUUGUUACUCGAGCUCAUAACUGGUCGUCGUGCAGUUGAUUCAAAUAGUAGGGAAAGUCUUGUCAUCUGGGCCAAACCACUGCUGGAUGCAAAAUUGAUCAAAGAAAUGGCAGACCCCAGAUUGGAAGAGAAUUAUGAUCCCACAGAAAUGAAGUGUGCCAUGGCAACGGCUUCCAUGUGUAUCCACCACAUGCCCUCUAAGAGGCCGUACAUGAAUCAGGUUUUACAGCUACUGAAAGGCGAAGAGGUGUCUAUUGAACUCAAUCAAAACUCAAAUGCUCCAAGAUCACUUUUGUUAGAUGCAUGUGACCUGGAAGAUUACACUUGCUCUAAUUAUUUGAACGACAUCAAUCGCCACAAGCAGUUAAUCAUGGAGUGAUGCAUUAUGGGAGCUUCGUGUUUUUCUUCCUUUAUCUAUCGAAAAUUAUGGAGUAAUAGUAGCGGUGUUAGUGUGUGUGCGUGAGUGAAGCUGACAAAGUCACAAGCUCCUUUCCUUCUUCAAGCUUGGCAAGAUAUUUUAGGGUUGUAAAUUGACAUGAACUUGUACCGAGAAUCAUUAGGCAUAUAUGAAGCAACUAUGCUUGACAAACAAUAAGGACUUAAGGCCUUUAAACAACUAAUUGUUUUUCAACAAACAAUCUAUUGUAUAAAUCUUGCACCAGAGAGCGUCUGCACCUUUUGGAUUC